AUGCAGAUUACGGGAGAUAUCCGCAUUCUUUCACUUCUACCGGGAUUGUUCAAUGAUCCCAUUCGAUGCGGAUUGACUGUGGAACCAAUCGAACAGGAUCUUCAAUACGACGCUCUGUCAUAUAUGUGGGGGGAUCCAUCGGUCACCCAACCCAUCACCGUCGACAACAACGAGUCGUUCCCAGCAACUGCAUCACUUCACGAGGCCCUGCGUCAUCUGCGAUUGCCAGACCAAGUACGACAUUUAUGGGUUGAUGCGGUAUGCAUCAACCAAAGCGAUACCAAGGAACGCAGUCACCAGGUUGCCUUGAUGAAAGACAUCUACUCUAAGGCCGGAACUGUCAGAGUGUGGAUCGAUGUCCACCUGUCUCCACAUAAUGAUGCUGUCCGAAAGCUACUUUCGUUUUCCUCUCGCUCAACUUUGGACGAUCUCGGAGACGAUCCGGUCUUCUGGGAGCCUCUUAUCCCAUUAUUCCAGAGUCCGUACUGGGACAGACUCUGGAUACAGCAAGAGCUCGUUUUCGCAAGCAAACUGGAAUUUCACUGUCAUGGAGUUAAUAUUCCCGGUGAUAGCCUGAUGGCAUUCCAACACUUAGUCUUUCAAAAAUCGUCUCCCUCCCAGGGGCCUUUCGAUCCCGUCCAUGACUGGGGGAUCUUUGGGAAGCGAGCAUCUAUCCGCAAGUUCUGUUCACGAAAUUUACUUGGCUGGAGGAAGAUGCUAGAGUGCAAGGUGCCAGUGGAUCCACACAGUCUCGUGCCAAAUUAUUCUCUACGCAAGCCACCGGCUGAGUGGCAGCUUGAUCCUAACAAAUGGGGUCCCUCGAUGAGCACAAGCCCAAUAUACUUGCUAGGAGCACUGAGACAUGUCCGAGACCUAAAGGUGACAGAUCCAAAGGAUCGAAUUCACGCUACACUGGGUCUUGUUAUCGACUAUGAUGACGACGGCGAGAUUUGGGAUUACGAGGCAGGCCUUGCAGAAAAGUACACCCGCAUAGCCUGGUUGUUAAUUUUCAAGUGUAACAGUCUCCGUUUCUUUGCUGACAUUAAGCUCACCAAGAAACCUGACCCAACAGUGAGUGGGUUGCCCUCCUGGGCCCCAAACUGGAAUUCUCCUGGGAAUGCGGAUUACUUCCACGCUUCCUUUCGCGCAGCAGGCGAUAUCCCUAUGUUUCCUUACCCGUUAGGAGAAGAGAUGGAAGAGGGGAUAAUGCAUGCACGGGGAUUUCAGUAUGAUACAGUAUACCGAACCUUGGCGACUAGAGACAACUCACGCUGUCCACUUUCUCAACUAUUCACCUUUUCAACCUCAGUCCUCAAUUCUUGCGUCGAUCUUCCCAAAUAUUUUGAUGACCUUUCCUCGGCCCUUACUGAACCUUCUCUGGCCAAGCUGCAGCUCUCUCAAGAUUACUUCAGGAAGACUGAAAAGAUAUUCUAUCUUUACAUUCUUCACCACUACGCUUUUGCCACCCCUGGGCUUCGCAUCACCGAUAUCCUUCCUUACGGAACAAAGAUCUACACUCAGUCGCAGGAGGAAUGGACUGGUUCAAUGAAGGAUUUACGAAAUUUUCAUGAUUUCCUUCCCUCCGCCUUACGCAUGCUUGAUCUCGAGAAACUAUCGGCCUCGGUUCCUCAAAGUCUCGACCAAUGCCAACGAUUCGGGCACUUCAUCACGCUGAUGAGCCAAACUCUCACUUCCGGAUGUCUCAUGUCAUCAGCUUCAUUCCAUUUGGGAAUAACUGAAGGCAAGGCAGCGGUUAAAGAAGGCGAUGAGAAGUACAUAUUGCUCACGUCUGCGCGUCCUCGCGGCGCACUGCUCACAAUGUAG